AAUGCUGUUUUUUGCACCUUUUAAUGACCUUUAUACCUUUACACCAUCUCCCAGUUGGGGGUGCAGUAAAUGUGAAUAUAAAGGAAGACUUCGGGGUUUUGUCAAACCUGAAAAUCCUACCAAGUCAAGAUCAGAGACGAAGGAAGGAGUGCAAGUAAACAAACAUGAAUGCGAGAAACAGAAGAGCAAGAGAAAGCAGCCCAGGUAGGGCCAAAGUUUGUAUUCUGCAACAACACAAGGCAGUGAAACCAAUCAGAAAAGUUCAAGUUGUUUACUACCUAACCAGAAAUGGCCAGCUUGAGCAUCCUCAUUACAUGGAAGUCACCCAUUUGGUCAAUCAACCACUUCGUUUGAGAGAUGUAAUUGAAAGACUCACUGCUCUUAGAGGCAAAGCAAUGCCCUCUUUGUACUCUUGGUCUUGCAAAAGGAGUUACAAGAAUGGUUAUGUAUGGAAUGACUUAGCAGACAAUGAUAUUAUUCCUCCAUCUGAUGGAGCGGAAUAUGUACUCAAAGGCUCGGAAUUGGUUGAUGGUUGCUCUGAGGUAUUACAGCAAAUGCAAAUCAGCAAUAAGGGGCCACAUUUUCAGGAACCAAACCUUCACCCCAAACAAAAAUCCCAAACUUUUGCUUUGACUCGACACAGGGGACCCCAAGAACCGAAUAGGACAGCAUAUGAAGAACAAGAAUUCGAUGAUGGUGAUGAAGACGAAGAAGAAGAGUAUGAAUUAGACGAGGAGAAAACAUGUUACACAAGCUCAACAACUCCUCACUCUCGCUGCUCAAGAGGGGUUUCCACUGAUGAACUUGAAUACCAAGAAACCAAUAUCCAAGGACCCCAAAAGCCCAUUUCUGAUACACCUAAACAAGACUCUUCCAUCCUCUCUGAAAACCAAAACCAAAGCAAAAACAAUACUUCCAAGCGAUUUGAAGAUGGUGACCCAGUGACCAAUGUGUCAACAUCAGGUCGUAACUCCUCAGUUCUGCUUCAACUUAUUGCAUGUGGCAACUUAGCAGUUAACAAAGCCAAAAACAUGCCUACUGUUGUAAAGCAACCGGUAGUACCAAACACUGUGGUGAAGAAGAGUGAAAAUUUGCAUAGAGGGGUUCUUUGUAAGACUGCAAUAAAGGCUGCUGAAGAUGAUCAGAUGAUAAGCUGCAUGUCUGAGAACCCAAGGUUUGGUAAUUUACAGGCCCAAGAGAAAGAGUAUUUCAGUGGCAGCAUUGUGGAGUCAAUGAAUUCUGAGAACCGAGUUGUGGGUGAUCAGCCAAUGCUCAAAAGAUCCAAUUCAUAUAAUGAAGAAAGUUUUGAUUUUGAUUCAUCAGGAGCUGCAAGGCUGGGCUGAGUGAACCAGUAGAAGAGGAGAACAAGGACAAAGCAGUAAAAGGGAAUUGUAUUCCUAGGAAGAAAUUACCAAAGCAAACCAGAAAAAUGAGGGUUGACUAGAUUCAUCAAGUUAUUGGGGCAAAAAAGAAAAUUAUUAACUGUUAUGGGAGUAUUAAAGUUAUGGACUAUAUUGUUAUCAUGAUUAAGAAAACUGUUGUUCUUAAUAGUAAAUUUUAAAAAAAAAAAAGAGGGAAAUUUUAUGGUA